UGCGCAGACUGCAGCCGAGUGUCUCGUGGAUUUUAGACUGAACUGCUUUCAGUGACAUAUCUGGAACGUCUGGUUAUCCAAUACCGAUGGGUUAAAGUCUAUCGCGUUGUUGUCGCUUAAAUAACUUGCACUAUAUUGUUUUAAGUAGUAUAUAUUAUUAGCUCACCGUCAGCCUCAGCAAGAAAGGAUUAAAUUUGACCACAGGAAAGCAACAGAAUCACAAUGUGCAGUCCAUUAAGGUAGUAUUUUUUAAUCAUUGACGGUGUUGGAAGCUGGACAAAGUUCCGCUUUACAGCAUCAUUAUUGCUGUAACAUGGUGGAAGUGAUUACAUGCAAUGAAAGGACUGAGGAUGUUAAGGAGGACAUGAGGAUUGAUGGCAAUGGACACACUGUGGAAAAUGUGGCUCCAGAGCCGGUCAUCCAUGAAACCAAGGAAGAUCCGGAAACCCAAACGCAGAAGACCAGAACCUGGAUAUGGUCCGUAGUUUAUCUUUGUUUCUAUGGCUUCAUGGUGCAGCUGAAGCCUGGAGAGCCGUUUAUCACACCAUACCUGCUCAGUACAGAAAAGAACUUCACUAGUGAACAGGUCACCAAUGAAAUCAACCCAGUCCUCACAUAUUCCUAUAUGGUCGUGCUGGUGCCUGUCUUUCUGCUGACAGAUUACCUACGAUACAAACCUGUGCUGAUCCUUCAGAGCUUGAGCCAUGUUUCCGUUUGGCUCUUCCUGCUUUUGGGAGCCUCAUUGCUGGAGAUGCAGUUUAUGGAAUUCUUUUAUGGCAUCACCAUGGCUGCCCGUGUGGCGUACUCCUCGUACAUUUUCUCACUAGUACCAGCGACUGUUUACCAGCGUGUAGCCAGCUAUUCCCGCACAUCUGUGCUCAUGGGAGUCUUCACGAGCUCUGUGCUGGGUCAGAUAUGUGUGUCACUAGGAGGUGUAACAUACAGGACGUUAAGUGCAGUCUCUCUGGGGUUUGUCACCUUUGGGUUACUCUUGUCCUUCUUCCUGCCAUGGCCCAAACGUAGCUUGUUUUUCAACCAAGCACGUCUGGAAGAGGAAAGGAAGGAAGCAGCUCAAUCGGAAUUGGCCAGAAUGAAGCCUGAGGAGAAUGAUGGCAGUGUGGCACCACAAGGCAGUAACCACAAAUACCCAUCCUGGACAAAUUCAGUGUUUGUUCAGAUGCUGAAGGAGUUAAAAAAUGUAGUGAAAGUUCCCAGUUUAAGGCUUUGGAGCUUGUGGUGGGUGUUCAAUUCCACUGGUUACUAUUUAGUACUAUUUUAUGUGCACAUCCUGUGGAAUAAAGUCUACCCUGCCACAGAUAACAAACAUGUUUACAACGGAGCGGUUGAAGCUGCCUCUACCUUAUUAGGUGCAAUCACAUCAUUUGCGGCAGGAUAUGUGAAAAUUCGAUGGAAUCUUUGGUCUGAACUGGUGAUUGGAUUGAUCACUGCAGUACAGGCCGGACUACUGCUUCUCAUGUGCAUCACGGAUAACAUCUGGGUUUGCUAUGUGGCAUAUGCCCUGUUCAAAGGCUUCUACCAGUUCCUGGUGCCAAUCGCUAUUUUCCAGAUUGCCUCCUCUCUCACUAAAGAACUGUGUGCUUUAGUGUUUGGAGUAAACACUUUUCUUGGAACAGUCCUGAAAACGAUCAUCACUAUCAUUGUGGCAGAUAAGAGGGGAUUGGCUUUGAAUGUUCAGUCUCAGUUUUUUGUUUAUUUCUUUUACUUCACUCUGCUGACUGUGGUUUAUCUGGGCUGUAGUGCCUUUAUCAUCACAUGUCAUUACCGCAAUCAAAGAGCACAGGAGGAGACUACGGAAGUAGCUAUAGCCACUGAACUUAGUCCCAUGACAACGGUUGCUAGUGAAGGCACAACUGCACAUAAUGGAACCAGCAUUAAGACAUGAGAUUCGAAGGAAUUCUCCAUCUAUUAAACUGUUACUUCAAAAUCAGAACAUUUUAUUAUUUUAAGUAUGAGUAGCCUUUGUUUUAUUAUUUUAUGUUUGUCCUAUUGCUAGGAAUAGCAUUCGAUUUUUUAAACCUCAUCAAAUUCUAAUUAUAUUUUGUGGAACGUAAAUAUAAUGGUUGAGGUUGUCAUUAGGAUGGAAUGCCAAUGCAAAAUGUAGUCUCGGAUCGAGAUUUUAUCAGAUCCUUGAUUUUAUUGUUUGCCAUUUCAUGUGGUUGUCUUUGUUAGGGUGAGCAAAAAAUGUAAAAUCAUUUUUGUAAGGAAUGUUUGGAAGCCAUUCUAGCCUCUGAUAGGAUUACUUUUUGCCUUCAGUGUACCAUGAUGGCAGAAGUAUUAUUUGCAGCUAAUUAUUGAAAUUUAAAUAAUUACUACUGUACAGCCUUUAGUUCCAGUUCUCUAAAUUGAUUGGCCAAGCAGUUAUCAAGGAAUGCCGAUAUUUGUCAUAUAUCCUUAUUUCUGAUUAUCUGAUUGCUCUCCAGUGGAAGCUGGGUUGGGUGAUUUUUUUCUCUCUUUUCUUUCUGGAGUAAGGACUUGUUUUGUCAGUGUUUUCUUUAUCUCCUGGAUAGCUCAGGGUGGGUUUCUGCUCACCAGUAAGCCGGAGUAGAAAAUGGUAAACAGUGUUGCUGCCAAAGUGGAGUGAUAACAGAAUGUUGCGAACAAGGAUGGGAAAUUGCUUCAUAAAAACUUCAGUCUGUGCAUUGCUUGAUGACACAAAGUUUGAUGAUUUAGCACUUUUGGAAAUAUUUGCCGUCGUUGAAGAUACAAAAUAUGUGAAUGACCAUGUUUUGAUGGAAAUGUAAGUUGCACAGUGUUAAGUUUAUAGAACGUCUAUAAAAGAAAUAUCACACAAAGAGAAUAAGAUUGUUCACAGGACGCUUGCUUAGCUCUACUGUAUUUUAAAAUAAAUAUUUUAUAGUGUGAUCACAUUAGGAAUUCCAGACCAUGCCUAAUUACAAAUAAAUUAU